CAAGCAAUCAUUCAACCCGUCUUGUGUUCCAAAUUCCUCAUUCACACACUCCUUCACCCCCUCAUCAUGCUCCACCUCCUACCACUGCUCCUUGCCGGGGCGGUGGCGAGUCCAGCGCAGCGCCUGGCGCCACGCCUCUCCCCACCUCUCAACCUCACCGACAUUCCCAUCACAUUCCCGAACAAGACCGCGAGCAUUAACAUUAGCGUCGGAUCACCACCGCAGGUUAUUCCCGUGGAGCUCAGCCUCGCUUCGGGACAGCUACAGCUGUCGGCUUUCAAGAAGCAGGACAGCAGCAGCUUCCAGGACAACCCGCCUCGCGACAACGUGCAGAUCGGCGAUCUGACCCUGUACGGAUGGACGAUCGGCAAUGAGACCAACGAUGCAGGUCUCGGAGGCACACUUCCCCUCGGUUUGGUCAACCGCGGAAACAGCAAAGACAACACGUACCUUCUGUGGUCGCUGGCCGACCAGAUCCCGAGCAAGACGUUCGCCCUGACUAUUGGGCUUGACAAUAGCACAAUAAGCUUUGGCGAGGAGAGUUCCGCCGCCAAUUGGUGGAAUCCCAUCGAGGCCGCGAUGGGCGGGUGGGCUUUCAUCAUCGACGGCGUGGCUGUCGACGGCCAGAUGGCGGGAAUUGCGCCAGCCCCUGCCCCGGUCGGUCAGACUGUGACCUUGAGUCGUCCGGCCGCAACGGCUUCCAUUGUGCCAGGAAGCGCGCCCUCCUUGCCCGCUGAGGUUCCUCCGGCAGCCCCGUUUAUUGCGGCCGCGAAACGCCAGGCGACCGCAGCCGGCGACACCCGCAUGCCAGCCCCGACUGGUUCCUCGUCUUCAGGCCCCCUCCCCCCGAUGGAUCCUAACAACCAGUCAUGUGUCGCCUGCACUCUUGAGUACAAGGUGUGUAUGUGUGGCGAGGGCGAAAUGUGCCGCCGUCACGAGGCGACGUGCAGCACCUGCCCGUUCCUCGAGUGUGUCCGCAACGGCACGUCCACCGACACCGACAAUUGCGUCGCCUGCCCUGCAAUCUACCGCAUGUGUGACUGCGGGCCGGACGAGGACUGUGUGCGGACUAUGGGCACGUGUAGGGAGUGCGAAACGGUCACGUGCCGCAAGCGCGGGAGCGUAACACCUGCCAACCCCCAGUGGGAGGAGAAGCCGGAUAAUGGCAACGGCUCGGGUACGGGCACGGGCACGAGGUCGGACACGAGCACGACCGUCGGGCCCGCGGUUCCGUACACGUCCGGCACGGUGCCCACCGAGAACAAGCCCAACUGCACCAAUCCCGUCAUGUGCCCUGCCAUCUACCAGAUGUGUUCGUGCCGCGCGGACGAGACGUGCGUCCGCAAGUCGAGCUGUGACCGGUGCGAGUGGCUCGAGUGCCACAAGACACCGAAGCCAUUCACUGAUAAUGGGCAGUGCGUGCAGUGCGCCGAGAUCGAGCCUGUAUGCGACUGCCCGCGCGGCGCGACGUGCGUGCGCGAGCCCCGCUCCUGCACCGACUGCGGGCGCGUGACGUGCCGCGACAACUCCAACCCCGGGGUCCGCCUCGCUCUGAGCCUGGACGACGAGAUUGCCGUGUCCCCCGAGGUUGCAACGGCGCUGCAAAAGCUCAUCCCCGGCAUGGUUGCGCUCGGAAGUGCGAGCGGGGCAGAGAAGCGCGCCCCGACGGUAUCAGUCACGGCCACUGCGGCCAGCGCCGGCGCCGACAACACCGUCGGUGUGUCCGCCACCCCGCCAUUCCGGCCCCAGGGGAAGACGUACUACAGCGUGCCGUGUAACACUACAGCGAACAUCACGCUCGUGUUCCCCGGCGCCAACUACACGCUGCAGGCCAAAGACUGGGUCGUGCCGCAGCAAGACGGUUGCCAGGCACUCCUCGUCAUGCAGGACACAUUCUUCUACGAUGUGAUCCUCGGCCGCCCCUUCCUUCGUACCGUGCGCGCUGCCUUCCGUCUCAAUGACACGGCGACGGUCGCUUUCAGUGCCCGCAACGCCUCGACGGGCGGUCUCAGCGCCAUGCAGGGCACGUCUGGGGCCGGGGUGCUGGGCGCCAGCCUCGCGUGUGUUUUCGUCGCACUUGCGGCUGCUUGUCUGUUCUAGUGACGCUUGUAUGGUAUUCUUGUGUAUAAUGGAC